AUGCCCGCGGACGAGAAGUCAAGUUUGUUUUCUAUUGAGCUUGUUGUAGAUAGUGUAGGAUCAGUUGAAGUACCAUGCCGUCUACCAGUCGUUGCCUUCCGUCUUCUUGAUCUUCCUACAGUCGUCAUUCAUUCUGCAUCUCUUCAACAAGUCGAGUCUCUUCGACAGAAAAUGAAGUUGGGCUCAUCUCACACUCGAUUACAAUUGCUAGACAUCCAAGAUCAUCAUGGAAACUUUAUGUUUGGAAAGGGAAAAUCUUGUCUAUUUAAAAUGAAUUUCAACGUUUUGUGUCGUCACUUACACGCCACGCCCCUCUACCUUAUGCUGCUGGAUGUGUGGAGCAGUCCUGCACACUUAAUAGGCAGUACGUCGAUAAGACUAGACGCUGUGGCUGAUGAUUUAAUGAAAUAUAGAGAAGACAAUGGAGAUAGUUCACCGGGUGUAUCUGGAGGAAGAGGGAAGUUCCCAGUGUUCAAUCUGAUGGGAAGUCGGGUGGCAACUGUUGAUGUUGGUUAUCGAAUGUAUAGUUUGGGACCUGCACUAGCAACUCACUUGCAAGUAGCGAGAGAUGAGAGAGGAACAAUAUCUGAAACUGGUGAAGCUACAAGUCCAACAAGAGAACGUGGAAUGCAUGCUGUUUCGGUGCAGGUAGAUGAUAAGAUGGUUGGUUGCGCCAUACCUGCAGAUGAAGUAACUGAUGUAGAGCAAGGGAUCAAGCGGCAUUCAAGUGGGAGAACAAAUAAAUCUCAAAGACUGGAACAACUCCAUGCAAAUCAUACUACAAAUGGUAAAGUAGAAGAGCAAGUUUACAUCAUGAAUACCGUCUGUCCUCCUCCAUUGUUCUAUAACAGUGAAGCUGCUAAUGUAGCACCUCCAUCUCAACAUGAUACAGAGAGUAUUGAGAAUAGUGAUGAAGACACAAUAAAUUGUUCAGAUAGCCCAGUAGAUGAAUCACAGGUUAGUUAUGCAGAAAGUGGUAUAGAAGAAGAUCACUGGAGGAAUGUUGUUGCAUCUGAACCCAACAAUUUCCCUCUGCAAGCAACAUCAAUGCAAAGGGUUGCGCAAGAGGUGAACACUGAUUUAUUGAGUAACUCAGAAAUUGAUGAGAGGGGAAGUCAUGAUGACAGAAAUCAAGAAGAAAUAGCUCCACCUAGUGGUCACUCUCAGUUUUCUCUUCUCUUUGGUUUGCUGUAUGAAUUGUCUCAGUUGCUGGGCAACCAGGAUAUUCCUGCCAGAACUCAAAGACAAACUACUAGUCAAGCUGAAAACAGUCAAAUAAGAGGACAGACACAGUCCAAUUUGCAUGAAUUGGCUUCAGUUGUCUAUCAACAUCUGGCAAUACAACACAGGACUCAGGGACUCUCUGAGGCAAGAUCAUUAAUGAGAAAGAAAAAGACUGCAGCUGCUGUAAAUAAGCAGCCACAUUCAUUAGUGGAUACAAGGACUAAAGGAUUAUGUCCGAGAGCCUUUGCUACGUCUUCACCUCCUCAGCCUUACCGUAAUCUCUCAUACUUUGCUCGUUUUCCCAAGAAACCAAACUCAACUCCACAUGCGAGGACAGAGAUUCCUUUUUCUAAACCAAGACACAGACACUCAGAAAUGAUAACUAAACACCAAGGUGGUAGGAAAAGGGAGUCGCUUAAGUCUAAGAAGAAAUCAGAUAACAAUGUGAAGAAACUGCAGGCUAGUCAACCACAUGAAAAUACCAUGAGCAAAACAGAGAGUGAAGGUGAGCUGUCAGAGAAUAUAAGCAAAGGAUCGGGAUCAGUACACCAGAAUGCAAACAGCAUCCAGGUACAUCUGCCUGAUGUGACCUGUGAUGAUGACAUAGUAACGGAGGGACUUCCUGAUGCACAGGACAAUGAUGAAAACACAGUACAGCUUGGUGAGAAACUUGACAUUUUAUCACACACAGAACAGCAACACUUUGCUGCUUCUGCUGCCCACGAAGAAAAUCAGUUGCUUCGUGUUGAAGACUUGAAGAUUCAUUCUCUAUCACUGCUUUCAGCUAGUGAACAGUCACAACAACAACAACAACCACAACAACAAUUGGGAUCAAAGGAAAGGUCACAGGAAUCAGACGAGCAAAGUGAUGUUUACUCAGAACAGUUUGAAGACGAGUCACACAACACAUCAGUUGCAAGCUCUCAUUUCAGCCACAGUACUAGCCAAUCUAAGACAGCUAGCAGUAAAAGAAGCAGUAGAAACAGUCAACACCGAACUAACAGUUCUAGGAGCAGCAGUUCUUCCUCCAGUUCAAGCACUCGUAACUCUCGAAGUAGUAGAGAUUCGGCCAUGCCAAGGAUUGCCUCAAUGACAAAUUUAAAAGCAAUAGAAAGCAAUCUUGGGUACACAAUUUAG